UAGGUCAAUUUAAACAAGAAAUCGAAAAAAAAGCGAUUCAACAUGUCUAACGAAAAAGUUAACUACGAUCAUUCCGACAGUAUGGGAGCUGUGACUUCUCCUCAAACUUCCUCUGUCGAAGAACCUGGAAUCGAUCUAGUUUAUGAGAAGAAACUUGUGUAUUUUUUUUCCUCCCACCAGCGUUUGCUAUUUCCUGUGGACGGCUCUGGCUGAACCAAUGGGUAAUAUAGCCGCAGAAUCGACAUUCAUCUCAUCCCAAUUCUCGCAGCACUCUAUUCCGUUUCCAUGAUUGAUCGUACCAAUAUCUCAAAUGCGGUUAUUGCUGGUAUGAUGUCGGAUUUGAAACUCAAUGUCGGGGACCGGUUUUCCAUUGCUCUGCUGAUGUUUUUCAUCCCGGUGAGUAAAUUUUAAUCUGUUCUCCUGCAAGGUUUCGGGAAGCGGAUUGCCUAAUUGGGAUGCUGAAUGGGUAGUAUUUUCUAUUCGAACUUCCAAGCAACAUUAUUCUCAGGAGGGUCGGCGCUGCGGUCUGGUUGGGUUCAAUUGCGCUUGCCUGGGGGUCUGUGACUAUCGGUAUGGGGUUCAUUAAGGAUUGGAGGAUAUUGGUUUUCUGUCGUGUCCUGCUGGGGCUCUUUGAGGCCGGUGAGUUUUCUCCCUCCUGGGCAGGCGGAGGGGUGCAAGGAAGGUGAUUGAUAUCCUUGUAUAGGAUUCUUCCCCGGAAGCAUCUACUUGAUCUCCUCAUGGUAUGUCAGAUAUGAGGUGCAAAAGCGGUAUGUAAGCCCCUUCCCGCUCUCCCCCUAGAUUAAAUUCUCUUAUAUACAAGGAAUCGCUAAUGCUAUGGUAGACUUGCCGGGUUCUACCUUCUCUCCGUCUUCAUUGGUGGAUUCACUUCACUCCUUUCUUACGGUCUUAUGCACAUGAACGGAAUUCAAGGACUUGCCGGAUGGCGGUGGAUCCUUAUAAUUGUGGGUUCCGAGGGCUACAUUGAGAUUUUCACGGAUUGCUGUGCUAAUUGGGAGUAUAGGAAGGUGUUCUUACCGUCAUCGUUGCUCUUCUGGCCUACUUUGUCAUCGUCGACUUCCCGGACAAGCUCCUCCAACGCCGCAAGCCAUUCCUGACUGAAUCGGACAUUGAAAUUAUCAAAGCCCGUAUCGACCGGGACCGUGACGACUCCCAGUCAGACCCUUUAACAUGGAGCAUAGUAGGCCACCACCUCUCGGAUUGGAAGCUCUGGGCCUAGUAAGUUUCUGUUCACCCGCUUACUCAAUGUCUCACGUAAGGCUGCCUGAAGCUUACAUUUUCCGUGAAAAGCGCCCUGUUGUUUAUGAGCGCCGCGGUCCCGGGUUACGGAUUGGCGUACUUCAUGCCUAUCAUUCUCAAGGGCAUGGGGUACUCAACGAGCAUGUCCCAGAUUCUGACCUCUCUGCCCUACAUUGCAGCUGUAGCAGUCGCCUUCUCCCUCGCAUGGUGCGCCGAUAAGACUCGCCUCCGAGCGCCCUUCAUCGUACUUGGCUGUCUGCUCAUCAUCAUCGGGAUGAGCAUUACAGCGUACGCUAGCAGCAAUGGUGCCCGCUACUUUGGUAUCUUCCUUGGAGUGGCUGGAGCACAGAACAAUAUCCCGACAUUGCUCGCCUACCAAUCAAACAACAUCCGCACGAACUCUAAGCGCAGUGUCGGCUCGGCAUUGCAGGUUGGUUUUGGCGCGAUCGGAGGUGUCUUUGCCAGCACGGUGUAUAGACAGAAGGACAGUCCUAAAUACCGCAAUGGGCUCUGGGCCACUAUGGGCUGUCAGUUCCUCUCAUUGGUGUUGUUGGCUUUCAUGACGGUUUACUUUAAGAGAAAGAACAGACAGCAUAAGGAGGGGACCCUAGACAAGCCUAUAGAGGGCCAUCCAGAGUUCACCUAUACCAUCUAG